CACGUGACUUCACAGCUGAUUUCCGUGCAUGGCGUGUUUUUGCAGGAUCAGAUGUUCGUCCUUACCUCGACGAGGCAUGAAUACGCUUCUCAUGAUCGCAGUGGAAUCAGCCGUGGCAUACUGACACACAGCUCCUCCCUGCGCUGACAGUAGAUUCACUGUCGUUAUGGCCCAGGCUGCACAGAUAAACGUCCUCGAUAUCAACACUCCUCUUAGAGUGGAGCACGACAAGAAAAGACGACAAUUCAGCAUCCGACUGAACGGUUCCCAUGACAGGGCUGUGCUGCUGUAUGAAUAUGUGGGAAAGAAGACGGUGGAUCUGCAGCAUACUGAGGUUCCUGAAGCUUACAGAGGACGAGAGAUCGCCAAACACCUGGCCAAGGCUGCGAUGGACUUUGUGGUAGAGGAGGACCUGAAAGCCCAUUUAACCUGCUGGUACAUCCAGAAGUUUGUUAAAGAAAACCCUCACCCCCAUUACUUGGAGCGCAUCCUCCAUUGAGAGCAUUGAGGAUCUCUUGAUUCUAAUUGGAUGAUUUGGGAUUGGGUGGGAUGGGUAUCUUUUGGGCGUCCCUAAUCCGUCUGACUGGGCUUGAAACUCCACAAAAGAAAGAUUUAUUUUGAUGUUUGCGAGCAAGAGUGAAUGCGAUCGAAGGAGGGGAGAGAUCUGAAACUACAAAGCCAUGUAAACAUUUUCUUUGGAAAUAUGAGAGUGUGGACUUUGAGGUGGGCACGUUUUCCCGUAACUCAAGCAGACUUUCAAGCCAAUCUAGAGAAGGGAGGGGAUUAUGUUUGACAUGUUCAUAAGAGUGACGUCAGACUCCAUAUGCCUCUCUGGCCUUACGCCUUCAGAUUUAGUGGUGCUCACGAGAGAGAUACACGUGCACUUGUGUACCCACAUGCACAGGAUGUGCACAGGAGUUUUAGGGACAUCCCAAUGUAACUGUCCUGUCAAAAACAGCUAUUCUCUUCUGUGCAUGUUCUAGGCUGGUUUUGUGCUUUUGCAUGUGUGUAUCGGUGUAUACCAUGGCCAGUGAGGAGCUCAGACUCUGGAGACAAUCGCCUGCCCAUAUAUUCGCAGGGCUGAACCUCUCAGGAUACACACUUUAUAAACACAGUAAAGCACCUCUGCUUAGAGGAUUCUGUUACAAGUGGUUGGAUGUGUGUGUAUGGACAAGAGUGUGAGCGUAUGAAUCAGUGUAUGUUAAUUACUCCCAUAAAUCCCAGGGGUCUUAAUAAAAGUCAGUUGAUGAACUGGCUUGAACAACAUCGGUUGUUUGCAUUUCAUAUUCUGUGCCGACACAAACAUCUGUGACACCAUAAAUGACUGAUAUUCCUGGCGAUGAUAAUGAUGGUCAUCUUUUUCACGUAAAACUGGGCUCUGUUACGUCAGUUUAUAAUGUAAUAAAGACUAAAGAUGCCUGACACCCAUCUGUUUUUACACACUUAUGUACUCUUAAUAUUACUAUUCAUGGUUUUGAAUAAAACAUUUUAGAUCUUGG